AAUUUAUGAAGUUUUGCAGUUUGUUUUCAAAGAAUCUAAAGAAAUUGCUAUUGUCAAUUGACCUGUUUGGAUCGCAAAUUAACUUAUAAAUCAAAAAGGAAAAUGAAUAUCACACAUUAUUUGGAGUGCUGACGAGUAUAGGAAUUUUAGCAUUCAUUUAUUAUUCCUUUCUAUCCCUAGUGAUUGACAUGGUGGAACGUAAGAAUCCAAAUGUUAUUUAGAAUCUUCAAUAUAAAUCUAAUCCUGAAGUAAUUUUACAUUUCAUAUUGUAACAUAGGAAUACAAAUUAGAAUAAGACUCAUUCAUCUUCUAUUUGGUGCUGACUGAUAAUUAUGGAACUCCCAUACCUUAGAAAACGGGUUAGUAAGUUUAUACAGCCUAAAUGUAAGCCUGCUCAAGAAUUACUGAUGAAAAGAACUAAAUUAAUAAUAAGUGUGAUAAUUAUACCCUAAAAUCCUGUUCAAUUGUGCAAAUAAAUAACUAGAUACGACAGCAAUUAAACAUUUCAGCAGCAAUAUUAGAAUCAAGCCUUUGCUUUGAUCCUCAAGAGUGGAAUUAAACAACUUUAUCAUUGUAAGGCACGCCACAAACCCCCGUAUUCAAAAAUUUGUAAUUUAAAAUUGAAAAAUGCAAUAAUGCAACUUCUGGAGGAUGUAUAUUAAUUUAUUCUAUAUAGAAUGUGCGCCUCAAAAGUAUAUUGAUCAACAGCUCUAUCAAGGACACUUAGGAUUUUUUAUUUCGGAUUCGGUGCUCAAUUAAUAGAAAGCUCACAAUCCUUUUUCUUUAGUGUCUAAAUUAAUAACUACACCUAUAUCUAUACUUUAAUACAAGGCUUAAAAUUUAUUGGUGAGAAAAUCAAAAUUUUAUAAUAAAGAAAAUUUUUUUUAUUAUUUCGAGACCGAAGAAGAAUACAAUUCUUUAUUAUUUGAAAGGUCCUCUGAGUAAGUCUUCAAUAUUUAGAGAAGCGAAUUGAUUGAUGUUACUCUCUAUCUAGAUGACAGAGAAGCUUUAUAUUAUAGAACUUACAAUAAUAUUUUAGACAUUCUGGGUUAGAUGGGAGGGCUACUGGAAUUAAUAUUAUUUGUGGUAGGCGUAGUAGUCAAACCUAUUAAUAAACUCUCAUGUGAUUUGUUCUUAGCAUCAGAAAUAUUUCAUUUUGAAUAAUCAUCUAAUUAAUCAAAAGUCCAUCCUUAAGUUAAUGCCUUGGGAUAGAGUGAAGGACUAAUUGAUCAAAAUUAAUUGGUUUAAUUGAAAAAAUACUUUUAAUUGAAGGCACAAUAAAUCAAGUUAUUUAUUCAUCAAUAUAUAUUCACUUGUGGUUAAGAUAGAAAAGUGAUUUAAUAAAGCAUAGAAUCGAUUUAUAAUUAAAUUGAUAUCAUCUUUAUUAUUAACAAACUAAUUGAAAUUGAUAAGCUGAAGAAAAUACUAUUAAAUGAGGAUUAGCAAAUAUUGUUUAAUUAUAUACAUAAACCAAAAGUCUAAUUAGGAAAAAGGGAAAAAAUGAAAGCGAGCAUUAAUCAAAACUGUUAUGAUACAAAAUAACUAUCAUUUGAGGAAGAAAUAUUAUAAGCAUUCAAUUCUUACAAUAUGAUUAAAGAAAGCAAUCAUAAAAAGUAGAAAAAAGUAAAUCAGAGUAUUAUCAGUCUAUUGGAUAGAGAUGUUAAACUGAUUUUUGAAACUAGUGAUAAUAAUUAAAAAGUGUAAAAGCAAACAUCAAUAAUGCAGAUCCACUAAAUAAGUUCAAUAAAUGAUUUGAGUCUUUAAGAAAAUAGAGUUGAUAUUUGA